AUGCUACUUUUAAGUCUUGACGGAACCUUGAAUGUGCUCUCGAAGUUUCAGAGCCGUUCCAAGAAGCAGGAAGUCGACCCUGAAUUGGAGUAUACGAUUCACGAUGGCGUAGUACAUAUUACCCACUUCCAUUGGAUCUCAAUCCCGGAUGAGCUUUGCUCAACUGCAACCUCUAAGGCUUCAAAGCGGUGGGAUAUUGAGAUGAGAGGCUUGCUUAAAACUCUUCGUUGUGCCCAAGAGAGAGGAAUCGAAGUGAAAGAUGAUGAAGUCUCAUUAGACGACAUUCUCCACACCCUGGGUAUUAUUGAUGAGAUUAAAACCCAACUAGUGACCUUGGUUACAGAACUAACUGUUCAAGGUUGCACCGUGCAAAUAGUUGCUGGUAGCUUUGCAAAUUUGGCCGAUAUUCAGUGUCUUAUCAGUGAAGCGCGUUUCCCAAUCGCUGGUAUCAUUCAAGUUUCAGUGGUUUUGAAGGACGGUGAAUAUUUUCAAAUGACCCACAAGGACUGGGAAUCGUUCAAGCACCAAUGUUUCAAGCUCGGUGUCAGGUCAAUGGAGUCAAUGGGGCAAGUCCAACUAUGGCUCUGCCAGCACAUUUUGGAUGCAUUCUCUCAAUACCGCCACGGUCAAGGCCUACCCACCUCCGCAAUUGACGUUGGCGUCAUGGAUUCUUCGAGAAACGGAACUCUCGAUACUCUGCAGCUAGCCAUUGUCAAAUCGAGUCCAAUGGCACAAGUAUCCAGACCCCUCACAGAUGGCUACACCAGCGAGAGCCAGAUUGUGAUCGGUUACAAAAUGACAAUGCCAAUCACCAGAGACAACAAUCGUAAUGUCUGGAAACGUGAUGUCCGCUUGAGCUUGUACCGGAACCUAGACAACUACAAUCUUGACGACAGCGCCACGAGCAAUGAGGGGCCCAAAAAACUCCUUGUCACAGUCUCCAACAACCCGCGGAUCCUGAAAGACCCAUUCCUGGCCAAGGAAAUUGGAAAAACAUUGUUCAGUUUCAUGAUGCCUUUUUCUUAA